UUUUGUGAAUUGACAAAAGAACGUUGAACGAGGGGAGAGAAGCGUGAAGCAUGUCGGAUCUCGUUAUUUUUUAGCGCUGAAGUUAUGAUUACGGGCAUUUAAAGUAAUAAAAUUAUCGCACAACGCUUAUCUAAAUUUUAACCAAUGUUAAAACACUGGAUAACGAAGGAAGUUCUUUUAGCUUUAGUGUUAACUCGCCAUUGUAUUUAGAAUUAUUUAAAAAAUUCUUACUUUACAUGUUUGAUUGCAAUCAAAAAUAUUCAUUAACAUGAAAGACAUCGAUAUAAAUAAAAUUGAAGACGACAGCAAAACGGAUGAUAAAAAGCAAAUCGAAGAGGAAGAAAAGGUAGUGAUGCUGACGGCUGAAGGAGAUGCUGAGGAUGGUGUGGAAUUGCGCCAUGAUGAUGGUCCGGUAAAGACGAUAUUGUCUGGCGAUAUAACGGAACAGGGCAGAGAGGUCAAGCCAAAAUUCAUUCCGAUUGGAGCAAUUAAAAUGCCCGGAUUUUUUACCAGAAAUUCUGAUAGAGAUAAAUCAAAGGACGAAGAGGCUAUUGAAAAGGACACUGAAAAUGAAAAGGGAAAUGACAAAGUCGACAAUGAAACAAGUUUUAAAAAUCAUUUCAAAUUUCUGAAUAGCUGCCCAUUCACAAAAAAAUUAAACAAACCACAAAAUGAGACUGAUGGUAAUACCUCAAAAUCAAAGAAUUUAUUUAUGUUUGAUUUGAAAUAUUCAAAGCUGUUUAAAAGGCAGCACAAUAAAGAUCUGGAGGCAAAAUUGGCAUCAGUGGAAACACUUGAAGACAAACUCGAUACACCAAAUGAUGGAAUGGAAAAUAUUAAAUUGGAUAUCACUGAACCUGAGGAAGGUAAAGUGGCUACAAAAAUGCCACUGAAGGAGAGAAUAAGGCAGAAAAAGUUUAUAAUUGAUGAUAUUGUUGUAUGUGUUGGUGUUAUACUCCUCCUCCUUGUGGUUAUCAUCGGCAUUGUCAUUGGAGCUCUGGCCGGACCACCAACUGAACGCCCACUUCGCCUUGGGAAAUUUGUCAUCACCCAAACAACCUGUGGUUUAGUUGAAGGUGUUUUGGAUGAAGGUGUUUAUAACUUUUAUGGAAUCCCGUAUGCGGCAGCACCGAUUAAUGAGAAGAGAUUUACUUAUGCUCAACCGAUCAACAAUAUAUCAAUGUGCUGGAAUGGUACCCUGCAGGUUCACAAUCCUACUCCUCUGUGUUUACAGUUUCUUGAAAAUGCCACCAUUGUUGGUGAGGAAGACUGCUUAACUUUAGACAUUGUUACCCCACAUGUUAGAUACGAUACGCCACUUCCUGUAGUUGUUUUGAUCGGCGCAAAUAGUUUUGCUGGUGGAAUCAGUCCGGCGCAACCUUCACCUUUAUACGCUCGUACCAAAGAAGUAGUUUUUGUGCGGCCGAACUUUAGGCUGGGACCAUUCGGUUUCUUGGCACUUGAUAUUAUAUCCAAAUCUAAAUAUCCAAAGACUUCCGGCAAUUACGCGCUCAGCGAUAUUAUUGCAGCUUUAACAUGGAUUAAGUAUAACAUUAAGCAGUUCGGAGGAGAUGCCAGCUCUGUCACAUUGCUGGGUCACCGAGCCGGAGCUACUCUAACCGCGGCUCUCACGACUAAUACCAAAGCGCAGAAAUUAUUUUCUCGCGCAUGGCUCUCUUCGCCUUCAGUGAUUUUCCCGGGAAAUCCUUUAGAGGUGUCUGAGAAGAACAACGAAGAAUUUAAGCAAAGAAUUAAAUGUAGCGAUAUUGAUUGCUUACGCAGCAAGUCUACGUCAGAAAUACUUUCUGCUACUCCCGAAACAUGGUUGGGCACUUUGAUAAACACUCUGCCCAAAGCUGAUGAAUCCAAUCGUUCUUGGUUAGUAUUAGAUGGGGAUCUUUUGAGGACACAUGCUUAUGAAAAAUGGGAUGAACAGAAGGAGGCUAAAAACGAAGGCAAGGAGAAGGCUUUUAAGCCAAUGGUCUUUGGAACAACUAUGCACUCUGGCAAUUCAGAAACACUUCGAAUGAAACAUAUACAUUGGUCCUCCGAAAUUGUUGAGACUAUGGUAAAGGAAAGCUAUCUUGACGAGAAGAAUUUGACUGCGGAAGUAUUCAAACAUUUCAAUAAGAGUUACGUUGGAUUGGUCGAAUUGAUAUCUUCUAUACGUACAUUGUGCCCGUUGGUCAGCCUCGCCCGAAUGCGUUUGGCCGCCCCGAUGUAUGUCGUCCUGGGCUCCGGAGCUGGAGGUGGCAUUAAAGGGUCUGGAAUGGCUGAUGUCAAUGCUGAUAUUGAAGCUAUUCUUGGCACUUUUGAUUCAGAAGUUCUCGAGCAGCGUCGGUUCAUGGCAGCUAUGCAGCAACUUUUCUAUUAUUAUGUGUGGCACGGCCGUCUGUCGGGGCCGGAAACGGGGCUGAUAGCCGUCGGUCAAGACUUACUUGCACAUCCGGGUCUACCGGCUUGCGAUAUGUUCAUUAAAAAUGAUAUUGUUCCCCGGUACGCACACAUCGACUAAGUAUUCGCAUUUGAUAUGUAGUUUUACGUGUUUUCUUAAUUUUAUUUUUGUAGUGUAUGGUUAUUUUUUGUUCCCCACCUUCAAUGUGUAGGAGCCCCUUCUUAAACGGAGUACCUCUGUUCGCCAAAAAAUGCGCUAUUCGACAUUUCAUAAUUUUUUGAUAACCCAGUGCCCUGCAGUGUAACUAGUUUUUAUCCUGUGCGAUUAAAUUUGCCAAUUUUUGCCGAUUGAACGUGCCAUAUCUUUAAAUUUCAAUUUCGUUGGACUUCUUCUAAGAAAGGUACUCCUUGUUUAGAAUUACUGAGUUAAAAUUUAAUGAUUCGCUCUUUAAGAGAACCAUAAUUACCCUUAUUAAUUAAUCUACACUUUGAAAUAUGUUAAAAUUUAAUUAUGAUUAAUUGAAUCUCUUUUAAAAUACUCGAAUUAGACUAAGUUUUUUGAUAAUCGUACAAAUUGUGGAAUCCCUUUUACAAUUUUGUAGCAUACUCAUAAACCAAAUAUAAGACUGAAUAAGUAACUGAUGAAUCCAAAUUUUCUAUUUGAUCUCAUUUAUAUUUUGACUCAUCUGAUAUGCUCAUUUUAAGUGUAACUUGUGUUCUAGUGUUUCAUAAAAGACGUUACCUCCGAUUAUAUUCUGAUCAUGAUGAGGAGUGUAGUAUUAGGUAUAAAUAAUCUCUGAAAUGGCAUUUUACUUCGUAUUGUAUCGAAUGACGUCAUUUGAGCGAUAAAUUUGGUAUAAUAUUAUAUUUUUAGGCAAACUUGAGACGCUUCAGAGGUCAAAGUAAGUGUCGAACGCCUAAAAAAACCAGUAAAAGUUAUUAAAUAUCUGCUCUCACCUUACACGUCUCGCUUUCCAUUCAGAAUCGAAAAAUCGCCUAACGAAUGUCGCCUUCAUAUCCAAAGCGAUCGUUUAUUUUCUCCUUUUACAAUUUUAUUUUCUUUCCAAUGCCAUUCCAUUAAAAUAUUUAUUGAAUCCGAUUUGUUUGAGGAAUUUGCGAGAGCGCGCGGCAUCUAAAUAUUCGUUGAUCUCUGUGUUAAAUAUAUAAGUUCAAAGUUGAAUUAAAGUCUGAUAAAUAUCCAAAGAGUGAAUUAUAUGUUUUUUGUUAUAAACAAACUUAUAAUCUGUAGCAUUUAUACUGUGUGUGAUAAGGCCUCGUCAUGUAACCUAGGUAUUAGUAGAACGUAACAUUGUGUUUGUAAUAUGGACAAGUCUUGUAAUUGUAACUGUGAGCCAUUUUAAGCAGCUGUGCCUAUUUUUAUACGGUACGAAUAUACUCAUUAGUACAAAACUAUUUAAUAAGUGUUUCGAAAUAUUUAAGGCAAAAAUAAUACGUCGUUCAGUAAUAGGUAGGUAUGUAUGAGACUGUAUUUGUAAUAUUUUUUGCAGAAUAAUCUUUUUCAACCAUUUUUUUAGCAUUAGCUUAGAAGUAGGUUCAUAAUGAUCAAUGUAUAAAUAAGCUUUCAAUACAACGUUGCAAUAUUUUAAGUUUUUGUGCGCUUUAUUGUGUUUUUUUUAAUAAAAUGUAUGACUGCCAA